AUGGACUCAACUCCUCAAGCGCUUCCAUCAGUAAGCAAGAGAGAAAAUUGCACAGUUGUCGCCGUCUCAGGCUCCGUCGUCGCUUCCGGCGGCGACGACGACACCAUCCCCCUCUACGACCUCUCCGCCGCAUCCUCCCUCGGUUCCCUCCACCAACACUCCGCCUCUAUCACCGCCCUCUCUGUCUACGCCCCUCCCAAUCUCUCCUUCCCCCGCAACCUCAUCUCCGCCGACGCCGCUGGCUCCCUCGCCAUUUUUGACGUAGACGGCUUCGUCCAUAUUACCACGCUCUCCGUCCAUUGCAACGCCGCUAUCAACGACCUCGCCCUACACCAGUCCUGUGAGCGCGCCCUCACCGUUGCCCUGACAACUGCCUCGUUGUCGUCAACCUCGUCCGCGGCUGCCGCAACUAGUGCUUGCAACUCAACAAGGAAGCUACUCUGGCCAAGUUCAAUGCGUCCGGUGACCACUUUUUUAUGGUCGCGAAGGAGAAGGGUUUUGUCCACCAUACUGAGGAUGCACGCAUAUUGUUCGAAUUGGAAUGCUCCAAGCCCGUUCUCUGUGCUGCUCCUGCUAGGUCAUUGCAUGGAUGUGUUUUCCCUGGGUCGUCAUCGUAAAAUACUUUCAGUUCCUAUACAAAUCCUCAUUGUUUUGAGCUGGAUAAUGUCAGGUUUCUUGGGACAUCUGGUCAAAAUGUAGAUGAUCUUGACAAAUAUUCAGAUGCAAAAGAUAAACUUGAAUUCAUGGAAAGGACAUUAAGAUGGAGGCAUUUAGCACCCACCACACCUAAUACUCUUGGUAUGCUUAUUAUAUAUUCCUCAAUGCUUUUACACUUACUUUAUCAUCAAUAGUCCUUUUUUCUUCUGCUUAGCUCAGCCAAUUUUUUCUAGAGUGUUGUACAUUUGUUAUAUUACCUGUUAUUUUUUAAGGUAUCAU